GUAAUCUAAUCCCCUGGUGGUACGCUGUGGACCGUGGCAUUCUGGGAGUCAGAAGGGUCACUGCGUUUACAGCAUGAGGAAUUGGAGGCACUGGGUCACCCACCACCACAACCCUCUACCGCUCUCUAUGCUGAAUGGUCGAGUGAGCAAGAGGCACAGGAAACUGCUGACAGGGAGAAAAAAACAGACACACUCGCUCAGAGUUUUUUUUUCGCUAGGUGAGAGCGUGCAUGCGUGAAAGGGUGUGUGGUGUGUGUGUUUUUGUGUCCCGUUAGCGGGGUAGUAGCUACCCUAGUGACUUUUGUGAAGCCUAAAGCCGACUACGGCACAUGUGGAAUAUACGUCAUUGAGUACACGAACAGCUGUCCCCGGUGAUCUGAACCCCGCUAGUCGCCUCGGAUGAAGACCGCUGACGUGAAUCGCUCCGCGUCUGAGAACUCUCCGAUGUCUCGACGGGACCAGCGCUACAGAAGAGGCUUAAAAGGACGGUGCUGUGAAUGCGGCUCCAUUCUGACCCAUUGGUACUUUGAGAAGGAGGACCGGCUCUUCUGCAAGAGAGACUACUGGGCCUGUUAUGGGGAGAAAUGCCACGGUUGCUCGGAAACUAUCACAGGCCUCAUCAUGGUGGCUGGCGAGCAGAAAUACCACCCAGAGUGUUUUUCCUGCCACCGGUGUGGAAACUGCAUCGGAGAUGGGGAUUCCUUCACACUUGUGUCACGCUCCAACCUGUACUGUGGGCACUGUUAUUCAACCGCUACGGACCAGCGCGCAAAUAUGGAAGGUCCCACGGAACCGCAUACUGUGACCCUGGUCUCCUUCCCCCCGUCCUCCAAUGGCUGCAGAAGUCUGUCCCUCCACUUGGACCAGGAUGGAGACAGCGAAAACAAGCACAUAUUUCGAAUAUCUGAGAUGGAUGUGACGCAUGCUAGUUUGGAUGUUAAGGCCCUAGCCCAUGUGGGAGAUAAGGUCCUCGAGAUUAAUGGAACACCCAUUCAGAAUAUUUCACUGGAUAAGAUCGACCUGGUGAUCCAUGACACCGAGCGCUUGCUCCAGCUCACUGUAGAGCACGACCCUCAGAGCCCGCAGAGAUCUCCAAGCAGCCCCACCUCCAUCAUAGAGGAGGAACUGGACAUUCCCACCAGCCUCUCAGUACCACCUCAGAAGAAAAGCCCUCGCACUAGAAACAUCCUGCGAAGCUGCAGCACAGAUAAAAUGCCAUGUUCAAACUAUUCUAUGACUGUGGUCUCUCAGAGGAGGGAGAUCAACCGCUCCCAGUCCGUGCGAGAGGACACAGGCAGCAGCAUCCACAGGAUAUUCCGACCCUCCGACCUCAUCCCGGGAGAGGUACUGGGGAAAGGCUUCUUUGGCCAGGCUGUCAAGGUAACUCAUCAAGAGACCGGGGAAGUAAUGGUUCUAAAAGAAGUGAUUCGCUUUGAUGAGGAAACACACAAAAUGUUCUUAAAAGAGGUAAAAGUUAUGCGUUGUUUGGAUCAUCCCAACGUGCUGAAAUUCAUCGGCAUCUUGUACAAGGACAAGCAUCUCAAUUUAAUAUCUGAAUUCAUCCCAGGGGGGACUCUGAGAGAUACCAUAAAGAAAAUGGACUGCAAGUAUCCUUGGAGGCUAAGAGUGAGUCACGCGAAGGACAUUGCAGCAGGCAUGGCUUACCUCCAUUCAAUGAAUAUCAUCCAUCGUGACUUGAACUCUCACAACUGUCUUGUGAGAGAGAACCAAAGUGUGGUGGUGGCGGACUUUGGGCUUUCUCGAUGGGUGACCAAAAGUGAAACCCAGACUAGGCAAUCUGCCAAGGGGAAGGAUGGGCAGCAGACACCACCGGACCGUCGCAGGAAAUACACAGUGGUGGGGAAUCCAUACUGGAUGGCUCCAGAGAUGAUCCAUGGCGAGAGAUAUGAUGAGCGAGUGGACAUCUUCUCUUAUGGAAUCAUGCUUUGUGAGAUAAUAGGAAGAGUGUAUGCAGACCCAGACUUCCUGCCGCGCACCAUGGAGUAUGGACUAGAUGUGUCUGGCUUUGUGAAACAGUUCUGUCCUAAAGACUGUCCUUCGUCUUUCUUCCCCAUGGCGGUCCUGUGUUGUGACCUGGUUGCCGAGAAAAGGCCAAAUUUUGUCACCCUGGAGGGAUGGCUUGAAAAUCUUCUCUUGAACAUGGACAUGGGGCUCCCUCUCUUGUCCGAGGUAGAUGGUGUGCAGAAGGACUUUUGGGAAACCCAGAGACUAUGAGCGGAAUUUAUCUUAGAAUUUCAAUUUAGGUGUUUCAUACGCUCUGCACUUUAAUGUUUGUAAAUGAUGAUGUUCAUCUGAAAUAAAGUUUUGUAUCAAAACAAAUAGCCAAGGGUUAUUUUAACUGAAGAAGAUGACAGAAUAGAAAGCAUACAAGCUUUAUUUGCAGUGUUUAUCUUCCCAGAGCUUGAAAGAAGUGGCUUACAAUUGUAUAAAAUGUUUUAUAAAUUACUUAAAUUCAACCCAUGACUUAAUCAUUGACUGUCCAAAUUAAUUUUGCUGGGUAUUCCAAAUGAGUCUAUGAAUCUAUGAAUCUAAAUGACCCAUUGCCACCUAGUGGCCACCCUCAGUGUAAUUAUAUUUCACCAGCAACUCUAGAUGUUGACUCAAGGUGCUUUACAUAACAUGUGACCUUAAUGCAGGGGUUCCCAACCUUUUUUGGCAGGUGACCCUAUUUUAAUGGCACAAAACGUUGGCGACCUUAAUCAUUCACAACAUGUGAGAGAGUGCGUCUCAUCUGCUGCACAGAGCAGUAUUUUCCCCAAAUGUCCUAGCAAGCUAAUUUGUUUGUUUCGCCUGGUUGUUUUGCUACUUUUUUUAUUUUUUUUUAUUUUUGUGUAACCGUACACAAAAAUCAUGGUUUUGUGUGUACCUCGAUUUUGAAUUAAUUAUUCAUUUUCAGUACAGUAAGCCUGUAGGUACUGCUAACCGAAAAUUCACUGACAAUAUUGCUGAUGCACAAUGAGAAUAGUAUUUUGAAAAGGUGUGAAAUGUUUUUUGACGUUAAUUGACUAAACUGACCUGCCACUUAAUGUUUGUGUGGGAACUCGAAUUUGAAACAUGAUCUGCAAGCAAAAAACCCCUACUGUUGAUUACUGUGAGACUGCUUUUGGCACAUUCGGUACACAUCUGUAUUGAAUGUAACAGCCUGUACCUAAACAAUGUGGUGGAACUUUGUCAUGGUACUCACUCACAAUGCUGUGUGUGUAGUGAAAUCUAUACUCACCCCACGCUUUUCCCAAUGGACGGCUAAAAUCAGUAGAAAGUCAAAUCAUGCAAUAUAUAUUUUUACCCUGGAUGAAUAACUUGAGAUUACUGAGAGUUAUGUUUUU